AUGGCCAGGAACAACACACCCACCACCCCCUCUCGCUCGAGCCCUGCUCGCGAACCCACGACCUACCCUCUUCCUCCAACGACCCCUGCAUCAAGACAACUACAACCCAAGGCACACAAUCCCAGCAACAGAUACUACACCUACAAGAAGUGCGUCGCCAACGACAAGGCCGCCAGAGCCCGCGCAAAGUCCCUGGUCAAGCAAUCAGACCAAUACGUCUACGAAAUGUCGCACGAGAAGAGAGAGCAAACGCUCACCAUCAUCGCCAACGAGGUCGAUGCAAAGAGGAUCAGAGGCGGCGAGCACGUGUCUUGCCUGUUUGAGGAGGAAGAUGUGGAGGAAAUGCCCCUGAGCCCCGAGGAGGCGGCCGAGAAAUGGGAGACUACGAGAAGAGAGAUUGCUGCAAAGGUGUCGGGUGUGAGGGGAGUGGUGAAGCAUGAAGUCAGAAUGUUGCCAAAGAAGAUGGCUGUGUCGGGUGAGAAGGUUUCUGUGGAGGAGGGAGAGGAGGACGUCGGUGACCUUGCUGGCGAGGUUGCUUCGGCCCCUGAACUCGUUACUUCCAAGGGUAUCCCCGUCAUCAUGAUUGAUAAUGAUUAA